UCUGGCCCAAUGCAGCAUGGGCGUCUUCCAGUUGAUUGCCAGAGCCGCUGCGUGCGGCCGCGCACUAGACAAGAACGAAGAACGCCAUUCACACAAAAUCAUAUGUAUCGGUUUGGAGGUUCUCAAAAAUGGAUUGUUGGAACAUGCCAACAUUAUACAACCAAGUAGUACUCGUAGGUGAUCGGAUGGAGGUUGAAUUGAGCAGGGGGCCAUUGGCACCUAUCAAGAAUGUGGGGAUUGCCUGGGCUCUUGUAGGCGAUGGUGCCAGCAUGCUGCUCUCACCACCCAUUUCGCUUUGAGUACCCUGCCCAGCCUCAUUUUGAUUACAGGAUCUGGUCCACCUCUCCGUCUGGGCGGGUUUGGGCUCAAGGUCCACUGCACGCGUGCGCUGUGCAUGGAGGAGUUGCACGGGUGAAGUGUGCCUGUGCGAGCUUCGGAUGAGCGAGUUUGCGGACAACAAGGUGGCAAAAAAGGAGCACAAGGCGAAGAAGAUCAAGGAUGACGGUUCUCUCCUUCGGGACGCUGUUCUCGAGAACGCCAAGCCGAUCAUACACCAGCCGAUUCCGCCAGUGCCCCCGGGGCUUGCGCCAGAUGCUGUCUCGCUGGUGCUGUUCUAUCGAAUACGUGGAGCCUCCCUGGACUCCUGUGCAGCACAGGUCGGCGCUGAGAUUCGUGCAGGAGCUGGGGCGCCAGCACGGCGUGACAGGCCGAGGGCGCUGCGCUAUGGAGGGCCUGAACUGCACGUGCACGGGGCCCGCCGAGGGGCUUCGCGCUUUCUGCCAGGGACUGCGCGACUGGAACGCGCUCUUCUUGGAGUGUGACUUUAAGUUCACGGAUGGCCUUGAUGCCAAGAAGAAGUUCAAGGCGCUCACUAUCAGAAAGGUGGACGAGCUGGUUGCUUACGGCCUGGAGGGCUCUUAUGCGCCCUCGCUGAAGAGGAACGCUGCCACGAAUCUGAACGCCGACGAGUACCACAAGAUGAUGACUGAUCCCGACGCGGUGAUCAUCGAUGUUCGGAACGUGUACGAGUCCGCGAUCGGCCACUUUCAGCCUCCCAAGUCUGGGGCAGAGUUGAUAAUCCCGCCUGUGCGGCACAGCUUCGAGUUCCCCAAGUGGUUUCAGAGCGAGGAGGCCAAGCAAAAGAUGGCAGGGAAAAAAGUUAUGAUGUAUUGCACUGGGGGCAUCCGGUGCGAGAGGGCGUCAGCCCUCAUGGACCAGAUAGAGAAGGCAGACGAAUCGGGCAGCUUCUCUACCCAGGGUAUCUAUCACUGCCGCGGGGGCAUUGAGCGCUACAUGAAGACCUUUCCCACGGGGGGCUUCUGGAAAGGCCGCAACUACCUCUUCGACCGACGGCUGGAGCAGGUACCCGAGAGGAAGACCGAGGAAGAGCUGGAGAAGGAGAUCGAGAGCUACUGCUGCGUGUGCAAGAAGCCGUGGGCAAUCUACCGGGGCGCGAAGACUUGCUGUGUUGAGGAGUGCAAGAUACCGGUCAUUGUCUGCACUGAUUGCCAGGAGGCAGACCCCAAGCUGAUGAAGUGCCCCCUGUGCGAGUCUGGGGACAAGUUCAGGCUGCGCAACAUGAACCACCCCAAGUUCAUCAAUCGUGAGAAUGCCACCCAGAAGCGCAAGGUCGAUCCGACCGAGCAGCGGAAUGUCAACAAACGCCUCAAGCACGCCGGCAAGGAUCCAUCGAAGCGGAUCUUUGUUGGCAAGUUGCCCCUGGUCAUGGACGCUACUAAAUUGGCCGAGAUACUCGAGGGUACGGUCAGAGUGCUGAGAUGGAUACCGGAUAGAAGUACAGGGUUCUGGUACGGCUCCGUUUUCGCGGAGAUGUCCAGCCUGGAGGAGGCUGAGAAGGCCGUCAGGAAAGCGGAGGCGCCCGGCGGCAUCAAGGUCGGCAAGAGGCGUAUCGUGGUUAAUUUCGCACCGCCGAACGAUGGCGAGGAGUGGCCCCCAGCGGGCCACAAGAACUUGGAGCGCCCGCCCAUACCAGUGUCCUGAGGCCGCGUCUCGCAGCGCCGGCGCAGGGAGCGCGCUCCGCCAGGCGCGCUGGCUGCAUAAGCCGCCGGCCGCCAGCGCAGGGUCUUUGUGCCAGGAGGGCAGGGGAACAAUUUCUCCGAACCCACCUUCUUACGUCCCCUGGGGUGGGUGGGUAGGUGGAAGUCCAGGGCGACUGCUGCUGGCGCAAACUACCAGCGCUGACCGCGGACGGCAAAAUCACGAUCCAGCCCAUCUCCCUGACUCGCUGGAACAAGCUAGAUGUCGCUGCCGCGCUGUCGUUUUUCAACUCAAUCCGAUUCGUCAGGAUCUCGAUGCGUCCUAAUGCUUCUACGUCGGCCUUCGGUCUGACGUUCGCUGCUCGCUGUUCACCUGUCUGGCGUCACCCCCAUUCGCUCCAGAGCAACCUAGCCACCCCUGAUUCGGCUGACCUCACUCGC